GCCAGAUGCUCGUCACGUAUAAAUAGUGUGACUUCAAUAGUGAGUGUGCAGCAAGUCCACACACUCCGCAACCAGAGGAAUUGUCAAAGAUCUCGUCACAUCACCUCGCAUUCAGGCCGACAGAUCGAGCGUGUUAUGGUACACUGCUGAGGAUCUAAAGAAGAUUGUUUCUUCUUCUUCUUCUUCUUCUUCUUCUUGGGCGCAGUGAUGGAAGAACUCACCGCGUUUGUCUCUAAAUCUUUUGAUCAGAAAGUGAAGGAGAAGAAGGAAGUGAUCACGUACCGGGAGGUGCUGGAGACCGGCUCGGUGAGAAACAGGGAGGGUCUGUCGGUGGAGCCGGUGCGCGAGGAGGUGAACAGCAGCAUCACGCGGAGCGGCGCGCGCUCGUCUCCGGUCAGAGACGAGGACAUGCUCGCGUCCGAGAGAACCAGAGACUCCAUCAGUCCCAAACUCACAGACGGUAACACAGAAAUGAAAGAACGCAAAGAGGAUUGUAAGCCGCUGGAGGAUGAGACACAGACUAAAAUCAAGCAGAGAAGGAGUCGGACUAACUUUACCCUUGAGCAGCUGAACGAGCUGGAGAGACUGUUCGACGAGACGCACUAUCCAGACGCCUUCAUGAGAGAGGAGCUGAGCCAGAGACUCGGGCUGUCGGAGGCCAGGGUGCAGGUCUGGUUUCAGAACCGAAGGGCCAAAUGCAGAAAGCAGGAAAACCAGUUACAUAAAGGAGUUCUCAUCGGAGCGGCGAGUCAGUUCGAAGCGUGUCGUGUCGCUCCAUAUGUCAACGUGGGAGCUCUGCGCAUGCCUUUCCAGCAGGAUAGUCAUUGCAACGUGCCGCCCUUCUCCUUUCAGGUGCAGGCGCAGCUGCAGCUGGACAGCGCCGUGGCGCACGCGCACCAUCACCUGCACUCGCACCUGGCGGCGCACGCGCCCUACAUGAUGUUUCCCGCGCCGCCGUUCGGUCUGCCCCUGGCGACGCUCGCGGCGGAGUCCGCGUCAGCAGCGUCGGUGGUGGCGGCGGCAGCGGCCGCGAAGAGCACCAACAAAAGCUCGAGCAUCGCGGACCUGAGACUGAAGGCGAAAAAGCACGCGGCGGCGCUGGGGCUGUGACGUCACCGAGCAUCGCACGAGACAGAAUGACGCACUAUUUAUGUUUCCUUAUGAAGGACACGCGCGAGAAAAAGGAGGAUAUUUAUGAGAACACAAACUGUGAAGUGGACAAACUUAACGUGGAUCUUUUCGCGGAUGGACGGACAACUCUACAAAAUGUUGAACUACGAGAAAAACUAAACAAAGUUGAUCUUUUAGUGAACUUUUGCAGAAAUCAAGAAGCUGAAUCUGAAUAUAGCCUAAUGAUAUCUACAGCGGCUGGGACCACUGUUCGGCGAGCAUCUCUGCUUUAAUACGUUAUUAAUUCAUGGAAAUAAAGAGGCUGGCCUCGUUUUAUUUGAAACAAAGUUUCUCUGUGGAUAUUUGUGAAAUAUUCCAGAAAUCACCUUUGUUGCCAAAUAUGAAACCUCCAGUGUUAAACAUAUCUUCACGGAUAAACACGAUUUCAGUGGAAGUUUAUGCUCUCUGAGAUUAAAUCAGCAUUAAACGAAACGAUGAUCAUCCCUUUGCCUGGUAAUGAGUGGAUUGUGAAUCUAAUCAGAGAUCAGGAAAUGAUUCAGUGGAGAUCCGACAGAUGGCCAUUUCACAUUAACACACAUCAGGCUUUUACUCUCGGUGUAGAAAUAUAAAUCAGGUAAAACACUCAUAUUGAUAAGUUACGGCCACGAGUGAAAUACACAUGUUAAUACAGACAAAAUGGUUUUGGUAGGUUUAUGCUUCAUCGAUGCAUUGUGGGAGCAUUCUGGAUUUUAUCUGUUAUUUAUUUUCGUUCGUGUUCCUUCAUCUCUUUCUCCGUGUGUCUGACAUGGGUCUCUAAAUGUAAGGGUUAUAAAAGGACAUCGACCGCGCGCACUCAUUUUAAUAAUAGGCUAUUUAUGAUUUGAUCAUGACUGUGAAACGAGAGCUCACUUCAACACCGUGUGUUCGAUUCAUAAAAUAAAUGUUAAAAAAAAAGAGAAAAAUUAUUGUAGGAUAUAUGUGUAAUGGUAUAAAGCAUAGGCUUAGUUCGUAUGAUUGAUUUUUUUAUUUUUACUUGUGCAUAUUAAUGGAAGCGCUGAAACAGAUUCCUUCGUUAGAAUUGCUCUUAUAAUUUAAUGUCUUAAAUUAUACGAUGGAAAUAGGCAUAGUUAAAACCCGUUUCUGUUUUUUUUUUUUUUUUUUUUUUUUUAUGUUUCUGUUGUGAUAUCAUGCAUUAUAUAAAGUUUGUUAUUAGUAAUGUAUGUUAUUAAUAACGUUUCGCCGAAAAUCAAUUUUAUACAUGACUAUGUAAAUACAUAUUUAUUUAUUAAGGAAAAAGGUUGAUGAUCAAAUCUUUUUCAGCUCUGGGUGACUGAAAAACUCAGAGACUCCGCUUCACAGAAAGCGCUUCUUCUGCUGUGAACAGUCAAACUAUAACACUUUAGAAACAGAAACCAAGAGGAGGAAUAAAUAUUUUCAUACGAAAUGUUUUUGUUUUCUAUGUUUUGUCAGAACACGUAAUUUUAUAGUUUACCUCUCACUCGCAUCACUCCUGUCGAGAUCUGAAGCGGUUCUCUUGGGAAUCUGAUAAAUACUAAAUAACAUCUCCUCUCGUGAUUGACCUGUCUGGUCAGAUUUCUGUCUGGAUACAAACUUAAAUUGUAUGGCCUAUUAAUGAAUACAGUUUUAAUAAAGAGCGCGUGUGUGUCCAGCUCUGGGCUGCACUGAAGGAUUGAUUCCUCUUACUGUUUAGUUGAGACAAACUUGUGAAUGAGGAAGCGCUGUUCAGAGAACACGAGCUGAGUUUAACCCCAAACCGGAGAAAACCACCAGCUGAUUUGGACAGGGAGCUUUAAAUAUAUAGACUACUUCAUUUUUCUAAGUGGGGUCAGCCCGGCACAAUUAUGAGCUUGAACUAGAGCUAGAAGUGAUGUGACAAAUUAGAGAGCUAGACUGCAUUAUAACAUUAAAUAUAACAAUAACAACCUACAUUCUGAAAUUACAUUAUGUUAUUAUAUUAUGAAUGAAUUCUUCCAGCUGCUGUCCGGCCUUUACAGCAAUGGCCUGUAAAAUGUGUGACUA